UUAAUGACAAAUACUUCUUCAAAUUCUAUCUCCUCUAGGAGAAAUCCUUUAAACAGUGCGACUGCAGCACACUUAGCUUUAAUGUCUAACUCACCUGGUCCAACUUAUCCAAUGACUAACCCAAUGUCCAAUCCACCUCCUGCCAUGUUGUCUGGCCAGAUUUCCGCCCCUUACUCCCGGCCAACCAUAACUACAUAUCUUCUUAAUACGUCGACUUCUCACGCUUCUGGUUCUACUUCACGAUCUGCUUAUAAUGCUUCGUCUUCAGCCUUAUCCAUAAACACGUCAAAUAAACAGUUAAAGUCGAAGACUCUAAAACCAAAACUUCCGGAAUACUUGGCCGACACGAGUUUUGCUGAAUUAUAUUAUAAUUCUAACAUGGAAAGAUCUAACUCAACUAUACUUGACAAGAAUCCACUAGAAAACUUGUCUUUGCCAACAGCGUGGAAUGUUGACGACAAGUGCGCACACCUAAACGUGGAACCUGACAAACUCAGAGUAAAUUAUAUAGGUUCUGGAAAGUACGACACAGAUGCUGCUGCAAUAAGAGCUAAUUACCCUAUGCCCCCACAAUGUGGAUUAUUUUAUUUUGAAGUUGACAUUAUAAGUAAAGGAAAAGAUGGUUUUAUUGGAAUAGGAUUUUGUUCAAAACAAGUUCAUUUAAACCGUUUACCUGGAUGGGAACCUGAUUCAUGGGGUUAUCAUGGAGAUGACGGACAUUCUUUUUGUUGUUCAGGCACUGGUAAACCAUAUGGACCAACAUUUACUACAGGUGAUACUAUCGGUUGCUGUCUAAAUUUCAGAGAUGGCACAGCAUUCUAUACAAAGAACGGAAAGUAUCUAGGUAUUGCAUUUCAAGAUUUAAAAGGAGUUGUUUUAUAUCCUUCAAUUGGGCUGCGGACUCAAGGAGAGUCUGUAGAAGUUAAUUUUGGCCAUAGAAAUUUUAAAUAUGCAAUUGAGCAUUAUAUGAAGGAAGAAAAGGCUCGAUUAUGGCAAGCUAUCGAUACAAAACCCUUGUCAACAAUUUCAUCGCCAUUGACUUCUGCUCCCGUUUCUCAAGCCACUUCAGAGACAAAUCUUACAGCAACUGUUCACCAACUCAUCUUAUCCUAUUUAGUUCAUCAUGGAUAUAGCGAAACUGCAAAGGCAUUCUCAACAGAUGCUGUACAGAUCACACAAACCGACAGCAAUGAAAUGGAAGGUGUUGAAAGUGAAAAUACAUUUUUAGAUUUAGAUAAGGAUAUAAUUAACCGGCAGAGGAUUCGUGAUGCCGUCCUUAAUGGUGAUAUCGACUGUGCCAUCCAAUUAACCAACGAAUUUUAUCCUUCGGUCUUGCCUUCAAAUGAUGAUAUAUAUUUCCGACUUCGUUGUCGUAAAUUCAUAGAAAUGAUGGGGCUUUGCGCUGGUAGCCAAAUUACAUGUUCAGAUGACGAUGAAGAAAUUGGAAAGAUCGAUAAGCAGGAAAUUCAUGGCAUGGUAACUUCGAUUAAAAAGAAAAAGGUAUCUAAGCGACGGAGAGGUGUUGGAUCAGGGUUAAAUGGAUUGGGUGUGAUUGAAGCCGCAAUGCGGUUUGGUCAAGAAUUACAAGAUGAUUAUCGUGAUGAUAAACGUGAAGAAAUAAAAAAAGCAUUAGAGGAAACAUUUUCAUUACUGGCAUAUACUGAUCCACGAAAAAGUGUUGUUUCGUAUCUUCUUGAUCCUUCGGGUAGAGAACCAGUAGCAAAUGCUCUGAAUAGUGCCAUUUUAGUGUCGCAAGGGAAACCUCCUAUCCCACCAUUAGAACAAGUAUACCGGCAAUCCUCUGUUGUUCUAAAUGAACUUGCAAGGAAUGGAGUUGGUUCCAGUGCUUUUUCAGUAACACUUCAUACUGAUCUCGGUGAUCUUAAAAUUGAAGUAUUUUGUGAGGCAGUACCCAAAACUGCUGAGAAUUUUUUAGCAUUAUGUGCAGGUGGAUAUUAUGACAACAAUUUAUUUCACAGAAAUGUCAAAGGUUUCAUAGUGCAGACAGGAGAUCCUCUAGGAACUGGUAAAGGUGGGACUUCAAUUUGGGGAAGGAAAUUUGAAGAUGAAAUUAAAUCUUCAUUAAAGCAUAAUACACGAGGUAUAGUUUCUAUGGCAAAUAGUGGACCAGAUACCAAUGGAUCACAAUUUUUUAUAACGUAUACCAAACUACCUCACUUAGACACAAAGAAUACGGUAUUUGGAAAGGUAAUUGAUGGAUCAGAUACUACAUUGGAUGCUAUUGAAAAAUUACCCGUUGAUGAGAAAUAUAAACCUAUUCAAGAUAUAAGAAUUAAAUCUGUGACAAUUCAUGCGAAUCCUCUUGCUGAAAGAGAUUAA